UCAGACUUUGGCAACCCUAAUCUACGCCCCUCUCCUUCCCAACCUCCGCGAAUUCCUCUCUUUCACUCUCAUAGCACUCCUCUCAGCCUUCGUCGUCUUUGAAGAAUCGAAUGAUCCAGAGUUCGCCGAGGAGGAACUCGCCGUCGCUCAUCCAUUCGCUGGCGCUGACUCGCAACCUCGCUGCCGCUCGCCGUCUCACUCUCACACCUCGCCGGCUUCUCCUCGCCGCUUAUCCAGAACUCAAACCUAUAACCGCUGCAUGAGUUUGUGAACUGAGCUAGGAGAUAGAUGGAGGCAAAAAACUCGGGUAAAGUUGGUGUGGCUGAGGGCUACAAACCUCCACCGGAGUUUUCCGAAGUUGCUAAAGAACCACUUCUGGAUAUCAAUAUGAACGACUCCACAGAGCUUUGGCUCAUUUCUUGGCCGAAAGAUCAAAAUCCAGAUUUUAGCCAAGAAGUUUCGCUCAAGCUUGGUCCUGAUGGAGAGUUGGGCAGUUUUGUCGGUCCAUCUGGCAAAGAAUAUGAUCUCCAAAGUACAGCUCAAAAGCCAGAUGCUACAGUUUUUGUUUCGUCUGUGUCAGGCACAAAAGUUGCUGGGAAGAUUUCACGGAAUGUUUCUCUCGUGUUUUAUCCGGAACCUAGUGAACUUGAAGAAAAACUAAAGUCCAAACAGUUGAAGAAAAUUCAGCAGAUAUCAUCUGGAAUGUCCCGUUCUCCCCAUAGUUUUGCAACUCCUACACGAAGUUCUAUGCCGACAAUGUCACGGACAGUAGGUGGGCAUCCAACCCCCACUCAUAGCAGCAGACAAAAAAGCUCCAUAUCUGGUGUUGGGGAGCCAUCACAGCUUCGGAAGAAAAGGCGUGCACCUGAACCUACGAGGUCCAUGAACCACUCUGGCCAAAAUUCAGGACGACGCAGUGGAGUCACCGACUGAGGACAACGUGAUAGCGCAGUUGCUUCCUCGGGACAACCUCAUCGAAGUAGAUCAAGGAAGAAAAUCGAACAUGAGAAUUGAUGUCGCUAUCAGAGGGUUUUCUUUGUUCAAAAUACGUUAUGCAAAAUGAAUCUUGAUGGAGGAUUAAGUAAUCGGUACUCUGUUGUUCUUGAGUUUGUGCAGACACUUGAAGCAAUAUUAUAAAGUGUGCUUCAAUUUUUUUGCUUCCCAGGCUUCUAAUUAUUUGAAGUUUGUAGUUCAAUCUCUAUUAAUUAUUAAAGCCUAAUUUCAAAUC